CCUGUAUUAAAUGUAACUUAUAUAUAUGCAUAUAACGUAUUUCGUUUAAAUAUUCCCACAGAGAACUUCUGAACACAAACAACAUUAAAGAUAAACUUAAUAUAGCCAUGAAGCCGAGCACAUUUUCGUCAUAUUCAUUUUUUCUGUUUGUUGUGAUAGUGGAAAGUUACAAAAUCGCGAUCGCGCGGCCGUCCAGCAAUACGACCAGAGGUGACUUCACAAUCGACGAAUUAAUUAAUAAAGUUUAUACAAAAAAAGUGUCCGACGAUUUGUAUUUGGAUCCCAGCAAAGCAGGUACAAUUAUUGGAGACAUAGCAGUUUUAAAAUACAAAGAUGAAAACAACAAUAAACGUAUUACUAAAAGAGCGGUUACAGCAGUGGAGGCCAGAGUAUGGGAGUUUGGAAUCAUUCCAUACGAAAUUGACGACAAUUUGUUUGAUGGCACUUUCAUAGCAUUAAUAAAACAAGCAAUGCGCCACUGGGAAAGCUUCACUUGCAUUAGAUUUGUGGAAAGAAAUGCACAUGUUCAUGAUAAUUACAUAUUUAUUACUGAAAGGGAUUGCGGAUGUUGUUCUUUCGUCGGUAAAAAGGGAGAUGGUGUGCAAUCUGUGAGUCUAGCACCUCAUUGCAAGAAACUUGGUAUCAUUAUACACGAAUUGGGCCACGCUAUUGGAUUUUGGCAUGAACACACCAGACCAGAUAGAAACGAACACGUGCAAAUUAUCACUGAAAAUAUAUUUUUAGGUCACGAAAAUAACUUUAACAAGCUCCCAGAAUCCGAUGUAAGCUCAAUGGGACUUCCCUACGACUACGAGUCCAUUAUGCAUUACGCAAAUAAUGCGUUUGCAAAAGGAAAUUUUUUGGAUACGAUUGUUCCGAUAAAUUACAAAGGGGAGACACCGCCAAUCAUUGGUCAGAGAUUGCGACUGAGUGAUGGAGAUAUCAGACAAGCAAACAUACUCUACAAAUGCCCAGCUUGUGGAAAAACUUUCCAAGCAAACUCAGGGGAGUUUUCUCCAAUGGUAUACAUUAAUAAAAAACCGCCACCAGAAGGAAUAAUGUGCGAAUGGCGCAUUACAGCAACCUAUGGAGACAGAAUACUUUUAAACAUAACCGAUGUGGAUAUAAAAAAGAACGAAAAUUGCGACACAAACUAUAUUGAAAUACGUGAUGGUUACUGGCAUAAAUCGCCACUUAUAAGGAAGAUAUGCACUAACGGGGAUUUUAGAAAUAUUAUUGCAACGGAGUCUAACAGAAUGUGGAUAAGAUACGUUUCUAGGAAUCCUGAGGGAUUUAAAGGAUUUGCAGGAAAAUUUGAAGUCGUUUGUGGUGGGGAUCUUUUCAUCGACUCCCAGGGUAACCUAGAGUCUCCGAAUUAUCCCGAAGACUACCCAGCUAACAAAACCUGCAUUUGGCGGAUAAAAGUUCCAGAAACCUACCAAGUGGCCAUUAAAAUAAAAACCUUUGACAUCGAGAACCACGACGUCUGCAUGUACGACCGCCUGACUAUCCGAGACGGGUACACAGAGAACGACCCCUUAAUAAAAACGCUGUGCGGAUCUCGCACACCGACCGACAUCAUAUCGACAUCAAACACUUUAUAUGUAAGGUUUGAAACUGACGAAAGCAUCCAAAAAGGAGGAUUUUCCGCGACAAUUGUUAAGGAAAUUGACGAGUGCGCCAGCGAAAAUCACGGAUGUGAACACGAGUGCCUCAACUACGUCGGAUCGUAUCAGUGCAAGUGCAAAUUGGGUUUCGAAUACGAUGUAACAGAAAAAAGAUGCAAAGCCACUUGUGGAGGGCUGAUUCAAUCUGAAAACGGCACACUAACUUCUCCCUUCUUCCCUGAACUGUAUCCUGCCAACAAGUCGUGUUUAUGGGAAAUUAGAGCUCAAGUGAACCACACGAUUUUCUUAAAUUUUACACAUUUCGACAUCGAAGGAAAUCACGUAGAUUUUCAGGAAUGCGAAUACGACCGUUUGGAAAUAACGAGUUCGCUGGCAAAUAACACGAAAAAAAAACACGGGGUGUUCUGUGGAAGCAAGUCGCCGGGCGUUAUAGUUUCUGAGGAAAACGUUUUAAGAGUUAGGUUCAAGUCGGAUAAUAAUAUACAAAAGAGUGGAUUUGCAGCUGUUUUUUAUGUGAAUUUUAAUAAAUGUUCAGUGAACAAUGGGGGCUGUCAACAUAACUGCAUCCAAACUUUUAUAUCCAGUAACUGCACCUGUAGGGUAGGUUACCGCCUGCACGAAAACGGAAAGGAUUGCAAAGAAGACCUAUGUACACAUGAAAUAAAUAGUCAUACAGGUAAAUUUCAAAGUCCAAACUAUCCAAACCACUAUCCUGGCAGACAAAAAUGCUUUUGGCAUUUUCAAACCAAACCGGGGCAUAGGGUAAGGCUUAUGUUUGGUGCAUUUUAUGUAGAACCUAACCCGCAAUGCGCCUAUGAUUAUGUUGAAUUUUUUGACGGUGGAAAGGUUGGACACAACACUUUGGGUAUAUAUUGUGGACUUAGAGAUCCACCCAUGAUCACUUCUUCAGAAAAUGAGUUGUCGAUGAUAUUUAUAUCGGAUAGAUCUUUCCAAGGAAGGGGAUUUUGGGGAACGCACGGGACUCUAUGUGGUGGAUACUUGCAGUCCACAAUGGAUACAAAAAAUAUCUAUUCACACGUUAAAUACGGGGUUAAGGACUACGGUAGAAAUAUUGCUUGCGAAUGGAAGAUAAUUGCACUAAAAGGUUAUUCAACUGAAAUAGCAUUUAUUGACUUUGGCUUGGAGGAACAACAGUCCACUUGUGAUUUUGAUUACGUGGAAAUUUAUGAUGAUUCUGAGUUAAAUCCACUUUAUAAGAAAUUUUGCGGAAAGAAGAUUCCACAAAAAUUCAUAUCAUAUGGAGAUGAAUUAACGGUAAGAUUUCAAUCUGAUCUGUCAACUGGAGGUAAAGGAUUUCAUAUGGUGUAUAAAGGAGUAGAAGUCAAUGAAAAGGAUUAUGCAGAAUAAUUUAUAAUUCUAAAAUCCAUAUUUCAUCACAAAAUACAUAAAAAGUAAUUGUAUAUUUUUGUUAAGUUUUAUUUAAUUUUUUAGCCUAAUAGAUUUUAUUUAGAAAAAACCUUUUUUAUUU